UUUUGAAAGGAAACUCAUAAAAAUUAUUAAAUAUUUUUUACUGGACAAAUGAGCAAGUUUUAGAAUUUCGCGUAAAUUUAUAUAUUUUUAACCGUUUGUUUGGAAAACAAAAACUAUGUUUAACAUUCCGAAACCGAGAAUCAGGAACUUUUACGUUAAGGAUAGUGUAGCAUACACGGAGGAUCGCAAGGUUGUGAGAAGGUUGAAGCUCUGUUCGACUUGCCCUUUUUUGGAGCAGACUCUUGCUUCGCAUUUGUCGACUUUUGGGACCGUAGAAGAGUGCCACUGGGAUCCGGAUAAGCUAGAGGGAUCAGUGCUAUAUAAAGAAGCUACCGAAGCGGCAAAGGCACUAUAUUGCAAUAGGCAGACUGUAAAUGGCCGCUAUCUUACUUUGCAGGCCUGUGACACCUGGGAUCAGCCGGAUGAGCAGGACAAUCCGGACAGCAAGAGUGCUUACGAUCUACCCGUCGUCGAUGACAUUUGGCGUAAGGUGCUUGAAUAUCUGCCCCUAGACUCACGUCUCAACUUUGCAUCCAGUUGCCAAAGAUUCCAGGAUAUCUACAAAAUGGAAUCGCAGCGAUUGAGUAAAGUGAUUAAAAUGGACGAUGUUUGUAAGCUGACCAACUGGGCCAUCAGGCGAAUGAUGCAACAUUCAGGGAAGCACAUUAAACGCUUAGAAGGUGGACCAAUUCAUUCGCAGUGGAAACAUUUGUUGACAUUUGCAAAUUUUUUAGGUUUAAGCGCUAAAAAUCUAACCGAACUUCAUUUCGACUAUAUCCCACUGACCACAACUCACAUGAUUAACCUUUUCCAUAGACCCAGUUGUUUGAAUAAUAUUACCAACCUCUCGUUGCGCCAUUGUGAUAUUACAGAUCAGCAUUUCAUGUGCCUUGUAUCGCUAACCAAACUGAAGUCCCUAGAUAUUGGAGAAAACACGGGUAUUAGGGGCGAUAUGUUUUGUCUUCUACCAAGUGCCUUAGAGAACCUAAACGUUAACCGCUGCGAGAAUCUGGAGUACUCGCGCCUUUCCUUUGUGGGAUCUUACCAGCUUCGCGAACUACACUGCUCAGAGAUUCGCGUUCUGGACUUCAACCGUUUGUGGGUAGACAACGAUCAGCUGGAAGUCUUGGCCCAAGAAGGGCAUGUUUACUCGAAUCUGACCCAUUGGUGCCCAUCGCUGGAAGUUCUGGAGGUGUCGGUAUGCCCUUACUUGGACGAACCGGAGCUGGGAAAACUGUCCCACUUGCGCAAAUUGGUCCUUCGUUCCGUGCCUUUGGAGCCGCUACCAUACCAGGUGAAUAACUCGUUACUGAUGGCACUCGUGGAAUUGGAUUCAUUGCGGCAUCUAGAGUUCCAGCAGGCUGGACCUGCUUUCGUGGAUGGCAAAGGUCUGAGGAUUAUAUCGCUGCUAAAAGAGCUAAGAACUUUGAUUUUACGCAACCAGAACUUUAAGGCUAAUGAACUAAUGGAACUGCGCAAGCUUAACGCCUUGGAGUAUCUGGAUCUCAGUGAUUCGACUAAUCUCUCCAAUGAAAUCGUCGUAGAACUGGCCAAGGCCCUUCGUAGGCUGCGUCGGUUUAAGGUGAAACGAUGUCCCCUAAUCUCAAGCAGGCUGACACAGAUUCUUAAAGAUAUUCCAUUGCUCCAAGUUGACGUUUAGAAAUUGUUAUUGUUGUUGACUAUUUACUUGUUGAAAUUAAAUUUGUGUUAACCAGCUUUAAUUAACCAUUCCUUAACUUUUAAGGGACGAGCACAACUCAUAGAUAUACUAAAACUAGUGGUCUAGAAACACCAAGGCGUUAAAUUGGGGAGAC